UCUGGCUAUGCUGACAGUGACCCGUGCGGCCCCUGACUUGCUGCCUGUGCUCCGCGCGCUCAUGUCUCGAGCCCCGCCCACCGCCCCUCCCCCGCCGGGAGCCCGCCCCCCCCGCUCGGUGCUGGGGACCAUGGAGUUCGGGCGGCGGAUGGACGCGCGGGCCGCGGGGGACUCGGUGAGGGAGUUCACACAGCGCGGCCAUGACGAGCUGGACUCCGCCUUCAUGUACGGCGACGGCGAGACCGAGCGGGUCCUGGGGAGCCUGAGCCUGGGGCAGCGAGUGAAGAUAGCCACUAAGGCAAACCCUAUGGAAGGAAAGAGCCUGAGACCAGAAAGUGUUCGACAUCAGCUCGAGACGUCACUCCAGCGGCUGCAGACUUCAAGCGUCAAUCUCUUCUACCUACACUUGCCGGAUCACCAGACACCAGUAGAGGAAACACUAGCUGCUUGCCAAGAGCUGUACAAAGAGGGAAAGUUUAAGGAGCUCGGUCUGUCCAACUAUGCAUCAUGGGAAGUGAUGGAAAUCCAUUCUAUAUGUAAAUACAGGAAUUGGGUGCUCCCCACUGUGUACCAGGGAAUGUACAAUGCGACAACGAGGCAAGUGGAGACUGAGCUACUGCCGUGCCUGCGACAGCUGGGAAUAAGGUUCUAUGCCUACAACCCCCUUGCUGGGGGACUCCUCACAGGAAAAUACAAAUAUGAGGACAAAGAUAAUGAACAGACACCUUCAAGAUUUUUUGGAAACAGCUGGGCUGAAGUAUAUCGGGGAAGGUACUGGAAGAAGCAUCAUUUUCAGGCCAUUGACGUGGUCCAGCAAGCACUGGUGGAGGCAUAUGGGGCGAACUGUCCAAGCAUGACAUCGGCUGCACUUCGUUGGAUUUACCAUCACUCUCAGCUACAGGGAAGCCGUGGAGAUGCGGUAAUCUUGGGAAUGUCCAGCACAGAGCAGCUGCUCCAGAACCUGGCUUGCGCAGAGGAAGGUCCGCUGCUCCCAGCCGUGGUCACCGCGUUCAAUGAGGCCUGGAACCUGCUUGCUCACAACUGUCCAAACUAUUUCCGCUAGUGCAGGGCAUGUUUUCCUGGCUGCACGUCUCUUCAAUAUGCUGUAGGACAAUGCAGGAAAAGUGCUGCUGUGCAGUACAUUCAGAGCGGCCAAAAAGAAACUGCCUUGAUUAGUUUAAUUUUCCUGAAAAACAUGAAUUCACAAUCCUGCAAGGCAGUAUAAUUGAUCUACUUAUCUGCAGUAAGAAAUGUCUGCCAGGGCCUGCAAUAAGUAGUGUGCCUUUUAGAGGAUAUAUCGUGGUGCAGCCAGGAAAAUAUGGUGAAUCUAGCAACCCUAGCGAGAGCACAAAGCCAAAACAAUAGCUUUUCAUAGUCACAUGUGAUUUGGAAUUGUCAGCAGACAGAAAUGCCUUGUUAAUCUAAAUACUACUGUUCCCAGCCUCCUGGAGUGCAGGACAGGGUAUGUGCCAUGCUGGUAAUUCAGCAAAUGGUAGAAAUUUGUGUGUGAUUUAUAUUCUGUAAGCUGGAAAUCAGAAUAAAGCAUUUCAUAAAAAGUU